CGGGAAAAACGCUCAACGUUCCAAGCUUCGGGAGAGACCAGAACGGGAUGAUUGCCAGAUAGACGGGAAAAACAGAGCGCGUGUACUUGUAAGAGAGGGAGAGAAAAGGAUGAAUCUGAUGUUGAGAGUUUGGAGGAUUUCUGUCCCAAAUAUCCGAUGAUUGUUGGGAAGAUCCGUUAACAAAUUUCCAAGAUUUUCAGUGCUCUCGUGUCGCUGAUUGUGAACGCUCGUACAAACCAGGAGUUGUUAGUUUCUGGACGCCCGGCAGUUCGGUACAUGUUCAUGCACAACUUGGUGACGCCAGGUAUUCGUUCUUCCGCGUUCGGUUUGACUGGCGAAUCCGAGAUGCUGCCGGCUGUUGGGUCGUGGGUUUUGUAUUAUGUGGUUCCGAGCUGGGUUUAGAGAUCACAUCAAUGAACGGCCCAAAAAGGAUGAACCCUUGCGGAAAUUGGUCUGUCAUCAAAUCGUUCAGAUUGGAUUGUGAACUGGAUGGUAAUUAGUGUUAGCGUGGGAUAAUUAAUUGAAGUGCUUUGCUGAAAAUUCGUUAGCGAUGGAUGGAGGCAUGAAAGGGGUGCUUCAGUGUUUUUGACACCUUUGCAUUGUAAUGCGAAUUCAGUCCGUGAGUGUUUUUCGGGAAGUGUUAACGAUGUCGACGAGGUGGAAGUAGUGGGCGAAGAGUCCUCCUGUGAGCGAUAAACAGUUUAGUUCGAGAAGAGCAUGGAAUUCCCAAUUGGAGCGUAGCACAUUAUUCUGGGAAUGGGGGUGAUUUAUGGUGUUGGCUCGAACGAGGAUUCAUCUUCGGUGGAGCAUAUAUCUGCACACACGAAUUAGGCUCCCAUAAAAGUUGUGCAAUAAAUUCUGGUUUGAAAUGUGCAUAUAAAAUCGCAUGAAUCAUAAGGCAAAUAGCCGACCGUCAUCUCCGGAGCCUCGUGGAUAUCAGUGCUUUUGCAAUACUCGUAAAGUGAUAUGCCAUAAAGUGGAUUGUGGGAUUCAGUGAUGAUAAACCCAGAAGGCAGAUUCCUUAUGUAAGGUAUUAGGGGGUCGAUGUGGAGAAUAAAACAAAAAAUAUAGUGCGGAUAUUCAGUGCUUCGCUGGUGUGGCAAACUGCCAGCGCUUUUUCGCAAACGGUGACCUUCGGGUAAAAAUUGGUGCACAAAAAAUUGUAUGGUUUGGAGAAGGAUGAAAGUAGUGUCCGAUGGAUAAUAUGAUAACAUAUCCAAUUUAAACAGUGCACAAAGUAGUCAGAGCUGGGAUUAAGCUCCUGUGAACAAGAAAAGGACUCAAUAAUACGUGAUACAAUUGCUUGUUCCUUCCACGGAUGGAUUAAGUUACUUAAGGGGAUAUCGACGGUCAAACCAUUGUAUCCACUGUUUAUGUUUUGGAUCAAUCCCGACGAAAUGGAAGGAUUUUUCAUGUGAUUUCAUAACAGACCAUGGAUCUUCGUCACACCUAAAAACUAUGAAGAAUAUAGUGGUUGUGAUGAUUUUUAUAAAUAUCAACUAUGGCAUUUCCUCGCACUCCCAGUCGGUCGACAUCGACGAGCCACACACGUACACACCACCGAAGCACUACUUCCAGACGUCAUCCUUUGACGAAGCGAUGGUGGACGAUGACAUUAUCAAAAACCCACUGGACCGGGGGCCGUACUUUGACAUUUCGGCCUCGAGGAAUGUAACGGCUCUCGUCGGCAACACGGCCUAUCUCAACUGCCGGGUGCGAAAUCUCGGCAAUCGCACAGUUUCGUGGAUUCGACAUCGGGACCUGCACCUGCUUACGGUCGGCAAAGCCACCUACACAUCAGACCAGAGGUACCAAAGCGUACAUAAUCCAUCGCAGGACGAUUGGUCCCUGAAGGUGCUAUAUCCACAACCAAGGGACUCUGGAGUGUACGAGUGUCAAAUAUCCACAACGCCCCCGGUGGGGUACUCCAUGACAUUGUCCGUCGUCGAACCCAUUACGACGAUAGUUGGCGGACCAGAUCUGUACAUCGACACUGGUUCCACGGUGAACUUAACCUGCAUCGUACGACAUCUGCCAGAGCCGCCACCGCUCAUUCUGUGGACGCACAAUGGCGAGGAAAUCAACUAUGAUUCGCCACGUGGAGGCGUUUCGGUGAUAACGGAGAAAGGAGACAUCACGACGUCCUAUCUGCUGAUACAGCGGGCGAAAGCUUCCGACUCGGGCAAAUACACGUGCUCCCCAUCGACGGCCAACCCGAUCACGGUGAAUGUGCACGUGCUCAAUGGCGAACAUCCGGCGGCCAUCCAGAGUGCGCGCGGAUUACAGUGUAACCUAAUCCUGGCCGGCUGCUGCAGUCUGGCUCUCCUACUGCUCACCAUGCUGGUCGGCCGACCGACUGUCAGAUAAAACUGACCAUAAAUCAGUACGUCCAGUCUGGACGGGAUCGGACGAGUCAUCACUGGUGGUGAUGGUGAACUUUCAAAGUUUAGCAAUGGUGGCGAAGGGAAGCAAGAAAGUGGAACAAGAAUCGAGAGAGAAAAAAAACUAUGGAAAUAACAGAAGGAAAAAAAAUAUAUAAUUGGACAAACGAA